CAUAAAAUUUUGGUAUAUAGGAAAGACAACAUCAGCUUUCAAAAUCAAUCAAAAUUAAGCGUAAAAACACACACAGACACACACCGACACACACACACAUACACAUGCAUACACACGCAGACACAGACACGCAGGCACGCAUGCAAACAUACAGACAAGCUGGAUAGGUAAACGUCUCAAAAUGCAGUCAUACGCCAACAUUAGCAAAGUGAUCAAAGUGGACCAAUCGACCCAGACAAAUGCGUCGAAGAGGCACCACCCGACCGCGAUUGUCAGUACCAAUGCCAGUAAUGAAAACGAUAACGAUGGCAACAAGAGCAACAACAGCAACAACAGCGAAGCCUUCUCCGCCAACAAUGCGCCCAAUGUUAACGUACCGCCAGCGCCGGUAGAUGUUACGCAUUUGAUCGCAUUCAAGGCCGGCCGCAUGAACGUCGGCGAGAAGAUGGUGGAGCCCGAUCAGCGUCGUGGCCUGCUCUAUCUGCAUCGCGAUGCAGAGCAGCAUUUGCACUUUUGCUGGAAGGAUCGAAAAUCGGAUACAGUCGAGGUGGACAUUAUGAGCGAGCCGGGUUAUUUGGAAUUUCGACGCGUCGAACCCUGUAAAACGGGUCGGGUCUAUGUGCUGAAAUUUCGCCGUUCAAUCAAGCGCUUGUUCUUCUGGAUGCAGGAUCCGCGGAUCGAUCUCGAUGAUGCCGUCUGUGCGAGUGUCAAUGAGCUGCUCGAGUCGAAUCUCCAGAUGAAUGAACACCCGCCAGAUAAAUCCAAAAAUUACCUCAAAUAGUCUAUAGCAGUAAGCGAAAUCAGCUAAAUCCGUUAAAAGAUUGAACAACAACACUAAAAAUGGACAAAAACAAUUAUUGCAGAUCGAUUACAUUGAAGCGUACAACAAUUUUCAAUUGAUAGUUCGACUUUACAAUAUAUACAAUAUAUCUUACAUAAGCAAUUGGCUUAAACUCAUUGAAAUUCGUCAACACUAAAUAGUUAUCAAUGCUCUUUUUUGCGAAAAGAAUUCAAAACUUUUUUGCCUUGAGAAAACUUUUGAGCUGGAAUCAUCAAUUGUUGGGAAAAAAUGUUCAGUAAUAUUCCUGUUGUCCUUAAGACUAUGAAAAACUAACAGCGAAUCUCGCCCAUUUUGCCCAGCCCGUUGGCUGCACCACGAGUCCGCAAAACUCACAAGAAGUUACGAAGAUAAAUGAGAUGGCAUAAGUUAGACGACAAGUCGAGCACAGGACGUGCAAAGCAGCAACCGACUAAAAAAUAAAACACUUAAAAUUGAUAUAAAAGACACCAAAUGGCAGCAUAAAAAAUUAAGUAAAAUGGCAAUACCUGACUGGACGAUACCCUGUAUGUGACAUGAAAAGAAGUACAUUCACAUUUCUUUUAUCUACUUUUCAUACUCGCCUACGCAAUAGACUAAUCAAACACUACGAAAUUCUUAAGCUUAUUGUUCCGAAAUUUGUGCAUUAAAGGGAUAAUACAUUAAGACAAGCACACGUCUCCGAUUUAGCAGAGAAAAAGAAUCGCAAGAAAUUCCAGCAAUAAAUUUAACAAUAUA